UUGUAUUCAGACACAUAACUUCAUUGUGACACAGCUUGUUCUGAAAAAAACCAUUCAGAAUGGAUCUGUGUUCAUCCUAUUUCUGUAUGGCAUUUCUAGGCGUCUCUGUGAGCACAAGUAUGGGAAUGCUCCUCGGGUGAGGAUCAAUGGACAUGUGGCAGCCCGCUUUCCUUUCAUCCCAAUGCCUCUUGACUACAUCCUUCCAGAGCUGCUGAAGAAUGCUAUGCGAGCCACCAUGGAAUCUCAUCUGGACACACCCUACAAUGUGCCAGACAUAGUCAUCACCAUUGCCAACAAUGACAUUGACUUGAUCAUACGGAUUUCGGAUCGAGGGGGUGGAAUUCCUCAUGACCAUGUUGAGAAGGUAGCAGAUUACCACUUUACCACAGCAGAAGCGAGUAACCAGGACCCCCGCAUGAACACCCUCUUUGGAAAUAUGGUAGAAAUGGGGAACAGUGCCCAAUCAGGGCCCAUGCAUGGGUGAGCAGAAAGGGAAGGAAGGUGGGGUUUCCAGCAGUCGUUUCACAAAAGAUAAAGGUUCCUUCUUAUGUAGAGAGUAGUGUGCCCUAUGGCCAUGUGCUGAUCUGAACUGGAGCAGCUCACAUUCAAUUGGUGGGGUUCACUUGGCAACUGUUGGAUUUAGGUCUAUAUGUCUAGAACUGGGAUGCCCAUAAAUCUACAGACUUUAGGAGCAAUAAAAGGAAAAGGAAUGAAUCUCUAAAGCUCCAGUUAGUACA